GACAAAUCGAGACUUACAUCAACAUUUUGUUAAAGCCGCGUAAUGAAACAUGAACCCGAGGCUAGCUUUCCAAAUGGAUCAAAUAAGCAAUAUGGCGGAAAGUGUCCCUUUGGAAAACUCUCGUGUCAAGGGUCUUGUUGUGGUAAAGCCUAUUGUAUUUGGGAAUAAGUCACAAUUCUUUGGUAAGAAAAGAGAAUCUGAUGGACAUACACAUUGGUGGAAAGUGUAUGUUAAACCAUUUAACGAGAAUGAGGAUAUGUCAGCAUAUGUUAAGAAAGUUCAUUUCAAGCUUCAUGAGAGUUAUGCCAACCCACAAAGAAUUUGCAUGAAGCCACCGUACGAAGUCUCAGAAACUGGCUGGGGAGAAUUCGAAAUCAUUAUUAAGAUUUAUUUCGUUGAUCCAACGGAGAGACCGGUGACUUUGUAUCAUUUACUCAAACUCUUCCACGCCGAUGCGCACCUACAACCACAACAACAGGUCCCUCGCAAGGAGCUUGUAUCCGAAUUUUACGAUGAAAUUAUUUUUCAAGACCCCACUCAGCUGAUGCACAAGAUGCUUGUCUCUGGAAAGACUUUACUGCCAGCAGAGAAACAAGACACUAAUUGGAAAGGGAAAGAGGAGCGAACAGUAGAUGCAAUAGCGAAUGCAAGAAAGAGGGUAACGGAAGAAAUAACACAAGUUAAAGAGCGGCUUAAAAGGCAUAAAAAUGCGAUUCAGACACUGAGGGAUGAAAUCUCUAAGCUGGAAGAUGUUAAGGGAUCAGGGUAGCUGAUCAGGGUAGAUUUUGAGACAGCGGGCGAAAGGCUUUUGCAGCAAUUCCCAGCUGUGGUAAGGUGAAUUGCCAUGCUGUAUGCCAGGCAGUAUAGCAAGGAGUUGCCUUUCCUUCUGUUUACCAAAUGCAAAAGAAUCUACACCCCACUGCAUUGAUUGUACAUUGUGCAAAGUACUUGCGCUGGGUGAUGUCAUUCAUUGGUGCUUUGAAACUUGGAUUCUCCAGUUUCUAUAGGCCUGCAAACUUAGGAAGGACAUGCUCCAGUUGAUAAAAACUGUAUUUAUUUAUAUCGAGUCGAUUAUUGAUAUUGAUUUUUCUUCAGUCGUAUCUUAGUUCUCAAAAAUUUUCAGCCAGAUCCUUUCACCAUUUGUCUAAUCCUGAAUUUUGCGGUGUAUCGUGAGUGUUUCUCGAAUCUUUAACCCUGGGGGCUUAUGAAUUUAACGUUUUUAGAAGGGGGCUAACGGUUGGGGGGGGGAUUGGCUUACGAAGAUAUUCCAAACCCCUUACUUUCGUCUAGUCUUAAACAACAAUCCACAAGUCGAAAUUGACAACAGAAACACUGUAAAAGUGCUUCGUUUAUUCCAUUGUUCAUUGUCUUUGUGAUUAAUCGUGCAAUUAAAUCAUAUAUUUUAGACAUUGGUAUGUUAGGGUGUGAGAGGUUUUGGAGGACGGUGGCUAACUCCAAAGGGUUGCUUAAAUAUUGAGAGGGAAAGCUGUAUGCUAGUCGGUCUGGAAACAUGUGCGAUACAGUUCUAUGGACAGCUGGACCUAAUAUAUGUACAUACGAUGUUUUUAUUGAAAUAUCAAUCACCUCUCGUG